AUGCUCUCUGCCAUUUCGUACUUCGUGGUCGUUGCCGGUGGUAAGAGGCCUUGGGGACAAACAAAUGAGCACAGCCACCCGCUAGGCGCCACUAAGCGCCAACCCUUCACACAGGCUUCGUGUACCACCAUCAUGUCUGAUCGCCCGUUUUUCAGAUUGUCAGCUGCCGGGCCGGGGCUUCCGGCUGGAGAAUCCAAUGCGACUGUUUUGGUUGUACCCUUCCUCCUUCUCCAGCCAGUCGUUUCCGCGGGAAAUGUGCCACAACUAUGCGCCGACUUACUCAUUCAUACCCUAGGUUUGCGUCAUAUUGGCCUCUUUGACCCUAGCUAUUAUGCACCGGCAGUGGGAGGAAAAGACGGCAAGAAUAGUCCUGCCAUCUCCUCUCCUAUGGAAUUGUUUGGGCUUCCUGGUGGAGACAUUUUUGUAUUGCAGCAGCGGUCUCCGGUUCUCAAAGAUCGCAAAGAAGAAUUUGUCUCCAAAUUAUUGAACACUAUUGAUUCAAACGGGUUUGGUUCAGUCCUUUUUCUGGUAGGCUCAGACCAAUCAGCUCGGACGGACGCCCAAAUGGGAUCAAACCAUUACGUGAUAUUGGCCAAGGAUACGACGCAGGAAUUGAUAACAUCGACGUCCUUGACCGGCCUUCUUGAGUUACCACUACUCGGCCGUCCACUCGCUGACCAGGACAAUCUCGAAAACUCGGUCAUCCCUGGAACCGGGCUUGCGCGUCGACUAUUAAGGGCUCCAGGAACCACGCCGCGUAUCGCACUUAUGCAAUACGUUGCCGAGGGGGAUAAUAUUCCUGACGCCCAUGCAAUGGCUACCGUGGUGGCUAAAGCGUUGAAAAUACAAAUUGAAGGAUGGAUACAACCCCCAAGUUGGAGUUUCGCCAUGUACGGCACCCCUCACGACCAGCAGCUAUUUGGAACGUUGGCCCAGUUAUGCAAUCUGGUCUUGACUGAGCAGGUUCACAUUACGUUGUUUUUGUCACGUGCACAAUAUGCCAGUCGAAUGCUCGAUGACGCGACCGGAAUGGUACUUCACACCACUGGGGAUAUUACCAUGAGAGAUCAAGCCCGAGCCUACAAUUGUAACCCACCUCUAGCUCUCAAAGUUAUUCAGGCCUGUGCUAUGGCUACUCCAUCUCGACCCACUUGUUCUGCCCGUUAUCCCCAUGAAACACGAUGUGUGAGGCCCGCUGAAUUCGAGUCAAAGUGGUGUAGGCGUACGUUGAUCUCGGAGCUAGAAGGAUUCAUGCAGAAAUGCGAUGAACUUGGAUAUGAGGCAAGUUUGGGUGCCUCGGCUGGUAUCAGUGAAUCGGCCAAAUGGGUGCGAACAUCUCUAUCCACUACGUCUCCGAGUCGUUCGGUCGGAUGUGAGCUUGAAGAGAGGCCAAACCCGGAAAAUCCCGACCACGUCGGCAUCUCCGAGCCCUGUAACAGGGGACCAGGACCAAUGCCGGCCCAGCCAGGGUCCAGUGGUCAGGCGCUUUUGACCCCUCCUCCAAGCCCGACUUCAUCCAAGCGGCGCAAAAACAAGAAAAGUAAUACUGUUUCGUCAUUGGGGGUGGUCGGGUGUCGGAGCGCAAGCUGUCCCGACGAGCUCGCGUGCAAGGAUUCUCAGAAGAGGAAUGCGACCAUACAACGACUUUGUGUGUUCUUGGAACCAGAGAGCGGCAAGUCGUUUGGUGCAUCAUACCGGGCUGAAGUCUUCGCUACAUUCUUCCGUCGGGUUAUCGCGAGAUCACCGUCGCUGUUCGUUAGAGCUCGCACGUGGGAAGCGGAGACAGGAUCCGUAACCACCGAAGCCGAGCCGUCUCAUACGAACGUUACCGCGGGUAUAAUCACCGACUUCAUUCGCUCCCCUGCCCUCACCAAUAAUGAACUAGAGCGUUUGGUCAAGAAACUCCCAUUCGUUCGCGGGGAAAGUAUGCCAGCCGAGCUCAUCAGGGGCGCAGUUGCGGAUACUUUUAGGCCAAGGGACAGUGGAAAUAUAUCCCACGAUAAUUGUAUCCCUUUACUUGGUGGUUGGGUCUAUGAGAAGGCAUGGUCCCUAUCAAUGCCGCCUGUAGCUUGGGACGCUCUACACCAAUUGGUCGCCUGCGCUGGGUGCGCGCUGGGAGUAUCGCGGUCGUUUGAGGAGGCAAUGUGGGUCCGCCGAUGUGCAUUCGUGGGCGGUCGGUUCGAAGAGGCACACCGUCUGGGUGUACCAGUACCCAGCUGCCUUCCUGAGGGGGCAAUUCCUCGAUUUCCUCGUUGGCAAGACCGGUGUUCUUCGCCUGAGAUUGUAAUGCGUAUUCUGAACGUAUGGCUGGCAGCGGAUAACCGCAAAACCAAGCGGCUCGAACUUAGGAAGUUUACUCCCAAGACGCAUGGAAUGAAAUCGACAUACAGUGAACACGAGGAGCGCCAUUGGGCUUACAUGAGACUGCGACGGUCCGAAAAACGCCUGGUAUCAUUUGUCGAUGCGCUCAGUGCUUCACCCAAUUUCAUCGUUCUCGCUCAGUACAACACUAAACCAAAGCCGAUACACGUCCAUGUCCCAUCCAAGGAAUGCGAUGCAUGGGUAUCGCGUGUUCGUAGCGGAGCCACUCCGGUAGCCAGGCGAUCGGCCCGUUGGACUACUUCAACAGUAUUCAGGAUGGAGAUUUUCGAGUACUUCCACAAGCGUGCUCCCGAGUUCAAGGCUGGGCUGACGUAUUUGGACGAAACCGAUAUAUUGGAUAUCGUGGUUAUGGACAAUACCAACGGAGACUGGGGUCCAUUCCUACAGAGCGUGGGGAUGCACUUCUGA